AUGCGCAGGAACGCCGCCGAGGUGGUCCUCGCCUGUGACAGGAGAAGAGGGUGCAUAUUCUCUCACGAGAUCCUCUCAAGCUACAAUGAGAAGAUCCUUACAGAGUUUGGUCUGGAGACACUGACCAGGGCCCAGCUGUGUUUGCUGCUCCUCCAGAGCAACAUCAAUCUUCUGCCUGCUAUCUGCUUUAAUUACAACAACCAUCAUGGAUGUCAGGACAGCUGCCAGAGACUGCACAUCUGUCAGAAGUUCCUGAGUCACGACUGCAGCUGCUUCCGGACACAUGACUUCAUGUCUGCGCAACCGUUAAAAGUCCUGCAGGAUAAGAAAAUCCCUGCCUGUCUGUUCACGUCUUUGAAGUCCAUUUAUGCAAAUAAAGAGGCGCUGAGGCUCGCUGAACAGUCAGGCAAUAGUAGAAACAAAGGAAAUACGGACAAAGCUGCUGUUAUAGAGAAUGUUAUGGAGGGACAUGGCAGAAAAGGAGAAAACACAGGAGCCAGAGGAGCCAGAGGAGGCAGGGGUAAAAAUAUAAAAUCUGGAGGGAUGCAGGCCGCUGGGAAUAAAGUUGAUAGGAAAGACAACAGCAAUAAAACGGAAAUCUGCAUGUACUUCAUCAAGGGACAUUGCAAACAUGAAGAUCGAUGUUUCAAAGCUCAUUCUAAAAUGCCGUACGUAUGGGAGAUGAAUAAGGACGGCGUGUGGAGUCCUUUGGAGGAGAAUGAGAGGAUUGAACAGUCUUUUUGUGAGCCUGGAAACAUAUACAGUACCACCUACCCUCCUGUGUAUUUUGACACAAUGAAGUGUGGAGGAAAUGAUGUACGACGUCUCUCCACCAUAAACUCUGUCCAGGAGCCAAACUUCAUUCACACGACUGACUGGCUUUGGUACUGGGAGGACAACAGCGGAAAGUGGCUUCAGUAUGGUGCCAAUACGAGUGAACAUCAGAUCACCAGUGUCACCAGUCGACACCUGGAGGAAAUGUAUCUAAAAAAUGGCACGGCUGUUAUCCAGUUCAAAGCUGGUAACCAGUCCUAUGAACUCAGUUUCCAGGAUAUGAUUCAAACUAAUAUACAGUACGGCACUAAGAGAGUUGUAAGGAGACGCCCUAAGUUUGUCUCUGCAGUGGAAGCCCGGACAAAGAGGAAACUUAUAACAAACCCCACUGGUGUUCCAGAAUACUGGGACAAAACACAAGUUUCCACAACCGAACACAGAUGCAUUGAUCUCCAACCAUCUCAUGCUGAGUAUAAAGAAAUCCAAAAUCUUUUCAGUCAAACCAUGAAAGGAUUUGACAUUCUGAAAAUUGAAAGGAUUCAAAACCAAUCUGUUUGGGAGGCCUUUCAGCUACAAAAGAAUCACAUGAAAAACAAGAAUAAGGGACAAGCUUCAAUGGGACAGUUUAUGGUCAAGGAAGUUAUUUUGCUCGUGAUGCCAAGUACUCCCACAGCUACACUGGGAGCUCUCAUGUCCGCUCCAUGUUUGUGUCUCGAGUUUUGGUCGGAGAGUACACCAGAGGUCACUCUAACUACAAAAGACCUCCCUCCAAAGAUGGAAGCAAUGUGA